GGGGCGGGUGACCUAUCUAGAAGUGGGUCAUGUGACCCCUCUAAGAACUCCUCCCACCACCCUCUACCAAUCAGGAGGGGUUUCCUCCCGAACGGACCACCCCGAGAGGAGAUUUGACCAAUCAGGGUGACUUCCGGGGGUGGGUGACCCCGUCUAGAAGAGGGUCAUGUGACCCCUCUAAGAACUCCUCCCACCACCCUCUACCAAUCAGGAGGGGUUUCCUCCCGAAAGGACCACCCCGAGAGGAGAUUUUGACCAACCGGGGUGACCCCUCUAAGAACUCCUCCCAAGGCCCUCCGCCAACCCGAGUGCAGCACCAAUACCCCAUAAGUACCAGCGCCGAACAGAGGAGGCCAUUUUUCUUACCAAGGACACGUGUUUUAGAAAGCGUGGAAAGGCUGCUCAGAGGAAAACAUGGACUCCUUUACCACCCCCGUUAGAACUUCAGACUUUGUUUUACCCCCGAGAGUCUUUGACCGUCCACGGAGAAAACGUUACAUCAGUGACAGUUCUGAGGAGGAGGUUGUGACCACGGGGAGCCCUUUGGCCCAGCCGUUGUUGGAUACGCCGGAAUCCGACCCCGAAACUCUUGUGAGACAUCCCAAAGAGCCUGAUGGCCUCUCUUUGUCCAACCCCUCAGAUCGCCACUUGGGAGAGUCACCGGUGGACAAGGCAAAUGGAAAAGAUGGCGCUCAGCAGCUCAAUGAUGCCUUUCUAGAGGACCCAGAGCCCCUGGACAGCAUUGUAUCAAGCAGCGAAGAUGAACCGGGCCCACCAUGUUUUUGCUCAACACCAGUACAAAUUGUUGAAGAGGGCUCCGAGGAUGAUGGGUUUGAAGAGUUUAGGAGGAGGCUAGGCAUAGAACUGUCCGAGCCAGUGCCACGUCGUGAGCGUAAAAAAGUUAUGCGGAUUAUUGUACGUGUUGCUGUUUAUGCUGUCCUUAAACACUGCCUUAGGGAAAAGCUUUUUGAAGAUUGUGAGGGCUGUGUCAUAGAUGCGCCAGCCCAACGGCACCAUGACUGUGUGACUUGGACUUCAGUGGAUAUAAACUGCAAGCUCCGGGCCCUGUGUGCUGAGCUGUGUUUGGAAAGCUUACUAAACACUGUUAUUGCCAUAGGUUAUGCUAUGCAAUGUCUGUGCCUAACCCAAGAACAUUUAGCACAAGGGGUGACUUUGAUAAAUGCUGUGCAAUUCAGUGGAGACCCUGACCGUGUUUUAAAGAAAAUGACCAAGCCGGAAGAUGCCUGCUUACAACGUUAUAUUGACCGUCUAGUUCGCACAAGAAGUUACAGAACCCUGCUUAAGAAAAAGACUAUUUGUAAGAAAUCUAAAAGGAUUAAGUUAGAGAAUGGUGAGGGUGCAAACAUGCGAUAUAAAACUUGGCAGCUGUAAAUUAAAA